AACAUAAUUAAACACAACUGUAAAUAUAAUUGUGUUUUAUUAUAUUUAAUUCAUAUAAUAGUAAAAUAUGUGUUAAUAUUAAAAGGAAAUUAAUGUAAAGUUUGUGUGAUUUUGUAUACAUUUAUGAUAACACUAUUGAAUGGAUUGAUGUUUGAUAUGAUUUAAUGUUUGUUAUAAUUUGUAUUAAUAAUUGAGUAAACAUUAGUAUCGGUAAUGACAGUCAUAGGUCUGUCCAAUCAGUUGAUAGUCCCGAUCACUCUAUGGGGCUCUCAAUCGCCGACUCAUUGUAUUUCGUGUGUACUUUUGACCAAUGAUUACAAAACAGUGGUCACCGGUUGUAAUGACGGCCAGAUCUGUCUUUGGGAUUGUAAUUCAAUUACAUUUUCGUUGACACCAAGAAGUCUACUAUUUGGUCACUCAUCGCCAGUCUUGUGUUUGGCUAAUGGCAAACAAACAAAUGACAAUUCAUUACUCGUCAGCUCUUCUGAAUCGGGUGAGAUGUCGUUGUGGGACUUGAGUGAUGGUCGAUGUCUUGAGAGUAUCAAAAUGCAAUGCGUCCACACAAACAUUCAGACGUAUGAGUUGUCAGCUCAUGAAGAUCUUCGGUUAUUUUGCAACGGCUAUUAUGCAGAGAUACUCAUAAUGGAUGUGACAACACUUGAAGUACUCUAUACUUUGACAUCAAAAGUCAAUCCCGAUUGGAUUAGUGCUAUUCAUGUCCUCAAACCAGUCAAACGUCAAGCAGAAGAUGUUGUCAUUGGGAUAUCAAUUGCUGGUGUCGUGAAAGUGUGGACAAUGACUGGACAAGAGAUGCGAUCGACUGAACCAAUCUAUGAAAACGAGUCGAAACCAAUCAGAUGUCUGAAUGCAAUUCGUAUGACAUGUUGUAUAUAUAAUCAGCGAACAGUUCUUGUGGUGUGCACUAAGUAUUGGCAGAUAUACGACGCGGGAGACUUCUCAUUGUUGUGUUCAGUGGACAGUCGUAGAGGUGAACGUUGGUCAGGAGGCGACUUCCUAUCUGCCGAUCGGAUCAUUGUUUGGAGUGAUGCGGGCAAAGGAUAUCUUUAUAAGUUACCCGUAAACAAACUAAAAGGAAAGGCUAUUAGUUGUAUUCCAGAAAACAAAGAAUUUCAUUCACCAGAAGCGGAUCAACCAUUUCUUUAUUCCAUUCUCUCUAAUCCUGAAGAUGAGCGACUUUUAUGUCCGCCGGCAAUGAAUUUUUAUUUGUUAACUCGAAAUAUGAAUGAAAUGAAUCAAAAUAUUCAAAAACUUUUAAUAAGAGGCGAUUCAUACGGGAAAGUCAUUAUUUGGUCGAUUCCUGAUGUUUCUCAUAGAGAUGUUUCGCUUAUACGACAAGAAUCAGAAACAAAUGCUUCACAAAUGUCACCGACAGUUAUACAGUCAUUAGACAGAGCCUGGAAAUUGAUGGAUCCUUUACCAUGUGGUAUAUUAGAUCAACUCAUUCAUACAACAGACGACACUCCAUACUAUAAGCUGACGGCAUCCGUAUAUUUACCACAACAGGGAAGACUAGUUUGCGGUCGAGAAGAUGGAAGUAUUAUCAUAGUGUCUGCGAGUCAGACAAUUAUGUUACAGUUUUUAGUGGGUAAACAUUUGACAUUUGAAGAUUGGCCACACCAUCAGAUACUUAUUGGACAUUCUGGUCGAGUAAAUUGUUUAUUAUAUCCGCAUCAUAUGGACAGUCGUUAUGAAAUAUCUCAUCUCGUGUCGGGUGGCGUUGACUUUUCUGUUUGUGUUUGGGAUAUCUAUGCGGGAACUCUAUUACAUCGUUUCUCAGUACACGCGGGAGAAAUCAAUCAAUUGUUUGCACCGCCGAAGGAAUGCAAUCCUCGAAUAUUACAAUGCAUUUGUUCGGUGGCUAGCGAUCACUCGGUAGCCCUUCUUAGUCUUAAGGAGAGGAAGUGCAUAAUGCUUGCUAGUCGUCAUCUCUUUCCAAUUCAUACAAUUAAAUGGCGACCACUCGAUGACUUUAUGAUUGUUGGAUGUGUUGAUGGAUCAGUGUAUGUCUGGCAGAUGGAAACGGGACAUUUGGAUAGAGUAGUUCAUGGAAUAAUUGCUGAAGAAAUUCUUAGUGCAUGCGAUGAAAAUGUUACCUCUGCUGGAGAUAGACUUACAAAUCCAGCCAUUCAUCUGUUUAGAGGUUUGAGACAUAGAAAUCUAGCGGCCAUAAGACACGCAGCGGUCAGAGGAUUACAUAACAUUAGCUCACAUUUGGAAAAACAUAAACUCGAUGUCGUCGAUAUGUCUCUUCGUUCCCGUUCACAACCUCUUAUGAUUCAAGGUUUGAGAACUAAUCCUAAAGAUCAAGACAGUCAUGUCUUGUUCUUUGAUGUCGAAGCAUUGAUUGUGCAAUUAAUGCACGACGAGUAUUCAGCGAUGACACCAAACACUUUAGAAAACCACGGACUGACCAAUACUAGCGAAUACCAAAAGUUUUAUAACCUUUCGUGUUCUCCCGAAACACAACACAAACUGACGGGAUUUCUUAAUAAAGUUAAAGACACGGCUGAAAAUGCGGCCCAAAAGAUUCAGGCAAAGGCUGAUAGUAUUGGAUUUAAAAACGUUUCGGGAGAUAUCACUGUUGGCUUCUAUCGGAAAAGUUCGACCACAUCUUCAGAUGGCAGUAGAACUGAUUUGAUGACUCCAUCCGCUGGGACUAAAAAACCUGCUAAACUGACUAUCGGUGAAACUAAUCUAACGAUGGAUAUCGCAAGACUAUUGCUAUCAUUACUGCACGCCUGGGGUCUCGACUCAGAUCUCGACAAAGUGUGUGAAUCGAAAUUAGGUUUACUAAGACCUUUGCGACCAAUUUGUUUUGGAAUGAUCUCAAGAGGUGGUCAUAUGUCUCUAAUUUUACCGACUUAUGUCCAUCAAUUGGAUACCACUUAUUAUAGUCAAAAUAUUAGUGUCAAACAAACUCCUUUGACUAAAAGUGAGUCAAAACACGUAAGAAUAAGUCCUUAUUUGCCUUCAGAUCUUAUCGCUGAAGAAGAGAAAGCGAGACGUUUUUCUUCACGACUUCAUUGGGAACUAUCGACUGCCAUCACUACUAAUCAUCUUUUAUCAACCAUAUCUUUGGCUAAGACUCUAAUGUCAAUGAGUUCUGCGUCUUUUAUACCCGAAAGUGAACGCAAAAGAAAAUUGCAUCGAAAGGCCAGUCGAACAGAUAGUAAAGUCGAACAGACAGAUGUCAGUGAAGCCGAACAUUUGGCUAAUCAACAGCAACAGAUCAAACAGGGAUGGAGUCUAUUGGCUGCUCUUCAUUGUGUUCUUUUACCUGAUCUGAUUAAAUCAAAUCAAUUUCAAAGACCAUUAGUUGAGAUAUUAGCGCGUCGUUGGCAGGACAGGUGUCUUGAAGUAAGAGAAGCGGCACAAGCAUUGCUUUUGGCUGAACUCAGACGAGUUGGUAGUAAAGGUCGUAAACAAAUUGUUGAUGAAUGGGCCACAUAUUUGCCUAAUUAUUCGGAUCAAAUCCAUACAACACAUCCAACUGAACAUCAUUCCAAAGCUCAAAGUCAAUCUCAUUCGAUAUCUUCGAGUCCGUCUCCAAGUCCCGUACCUUCAGACGGCGGCCAAAAUAUCUAUAAACAUUCUGACCUCAGAGCACAUGACGACAACUUGUCAGAUGAAGACGAAGAUCCAGACGAACAUUCCAUUGGUGUCGAUACUAAUGCUGACACUAAUGAUAUCAGUUCUUCUCGAAUGUCGUCAUUUAAUACAACUGAAGGACGACGAAAACAGGCGACAGCUAUCGUAUUGUUGGGUGUUAUUGGUUCAGAAUAUGGACACGAAGUCGAACAAAGCAAACGUAGAACAAGUGAUGAAAAUCGUCGUAAAAGUCUUAUUGAGGGCUUUGGUCCCGGAAAUUAUACUUUGGCCAGAAAUACAAGCAAAGCAUUAGCGUAUCUUUUAUUGAGUCCACCCUCGCCUUCAUUACCAUUACAUACAUCAUUAAGAAGGGCUGCUAUUGAUCUAAUAGGUCGUGGCUUUACUGUAUGGGAGCCUUAUUUAGAUGUUUCAAAAAUACUAUUGGGUUUAUUAGAGUUGUGCUGUGAAUCUGAAAAUCUUGUGCCGAGUAUGUCAUUUGGUCUGCCAUUGACACCGGCGGCCGACUCAUGUCGUACGGCUCGACACGCAAUCUCUUUGAUAGCCACGGCUAGACCAGCCGCUUUUAUCACUUGUUUGGCCAAAGAGGUGGCGCGUUAUAAUACAAUACAACAAAAUGCUCAGUCAUUGAAUGUAGCACUUCAUCAAACUGUGUUAUGUCGCGGACGACCUGAGAUUCUAAGAAAUAUGGAAAUAUUAAUCGAGAAAAUGCAAACUGAAGUAUCGGAUCUGAUCAUUGAAGCUAUGGAUAUAAUAAUACAUUCAUUAGAUCAUAAUAUGCUUAAGACUAAGGGCUUAGGAGAAGUAUAUCCAACGAUAUGUCGCUUUCAAAAUGUCACUUAUUGUACAUCAAGUCGACGAAUUGCUGUGGGCGCUAAAAACGGCAAUUUAGCCAUUUAUGAGUUACGGACACCCAAAUCACAGGUCAUACCGGCACAUACAGCUGCCAUUACCUGCUGUUCCUUUUCUCCCGACGGCAAACAUUUAGCCUCUUAUUCUUCAGGUGAAAAUAAGGUAUCAUUUUGGUUGACAGCAGUCGGUCUGUUCGGGUUAGGUAAUGCCCAAACUCGAUGUGUGAAGACCUAUAGUGCUCCUCCAAUGCCAGAGGAAGUAAAGACGGCCGGACCUCAAAAGAUGGCCAAAUUUGUAUGGAUUGGCAAUAAAACUGUAAUUAUUAUGUUUGCCAACGGAAAAGAAUUUCGAUUCAAUGUUUGAUUUAUUAUAUCAAUAGUGAUAUUCAUAAUA